AUGCCAUUUCAAUUUAAUGGUGGUAUACAAAGUACCCAAAGUAUAAAAUCGUUUAAUGGUAUUAUUAAAAGGUCUUUAAAUAGAACAAGUACACUUUGUGAGAUGGAAGAAGCUAUAAAUAAGAGACAUGAAGAAGAAAUUAGAUAUUGUCAAUUAACAGAUCUUAAAGCAAAUAGUGUAUUAUCUUUACAACGUUUUCAAAUUUCACAAUCAUUUACUUAUGAAGGGCAAUUAAUAUCUUGUUUAUUUGAUAACUCACCUUCUGAUACUCCAGAUGAUAAUUUCGUAGAAGAUAUAGUAAAUGAACCACAAGUAAUGUUAAAAUCUAUAUUAAAUGAUAUGGAUACAUCAAAUAUUGUUGAAAUUUGGAAAAUUUGUCAAGUAGGAGGUAUUUCUCAAAAAGAAAAUUUAGUAGUUCUUUUUAAUGAUAGAUCACAUAUUUGUACUUGUUUGGAAACAAUUACAAAAGGAAUAAUUUGCUGCCAUUUUUGGAGAGUUAUGCUUUAUUCUAAUACAGCAAAAUUUCAUAUUAGUAUUAUUCCUAUUAGAUGGUACAAAGAUGAUAUUUUAACGAAAUUACACAGUGAUCAGAAAAAAAUAAAAUAUAGCUCAUUGGAAUUGUCUCAACAAGACGAAUCUAAUGGUAGUAAAAUCGCAUCUCUAGGAUUAAUACAUUUUCAAGGAUCUUAUAAUAAUGAAAUUAUUCAACAAAUUAUUCCUAAAAGAAAUAAAUUUGGAGUAGCAUUUUUAACUGCAAAGACUGCAAUUAAUAUUGCAUUAGAAACUGGAUGUGAUAACGAAUUACGACAAGAUAAACGAAACAAAAAUAAAGACUCUGGCUCUGACAUUUCGAACUCUGAUAAUGAACAAAAAAACAAUAAAAACAACCCUUCCAAACGUACCCGUACGCUCCCAGAAAAUCCUAUGGAAGAAGACUACGUCGCUGACUCAGCGGCUGACGCUGGAGGUAGUCAUAUUACUCCUCCUCAACAAAAUAAUGCUGACAACUUUUCGUCUCCUCCUCCCAAAAAUACUACUGCGCCUUCUGCGCCUAGUACUGUUGCGUCUGGUACCGACGCGUCCAUGCAUGCCCCAAAAGACAAAGAAACUUCCCCCUUAGACGCGUCUCCUAAUAAAGAUAUUAUGGAUACCAAUGAUACUUCUUCUCUUCCCCUUGACACGCCCACUAUUUCCAUUCUUAGGCAUGAUUAUCAGGCUGCUGCGGCUCCUAAUACUUCUCCUGAAUUUAUCAAAAAGUAUCCUACCAAUCGGGCUAUGAUUGACGCUGUAAAUAACCUCCUUUUGGAAACUUAUCACUCUUACACUGGCCGCGCUCGCAUGUCUGGUUCUGGUGACCUCAAACGAUUAGUCAUUCAUUUUAAUUCAACUACUGAAAGUGAUGCCUACCUUUCUCUCCAACAUGAUGAUCUUGCCGAUCUCCAAUUUUUUCUACAUGACCCUCAGCAACUCCGAACUGAUGAAGAUCUCUGGGCUAUCCAAGUCACUGACAUUAAAUUCUUCAUCAAGAAAGAUGACAUUACUGCUCUUUUUAAAAAAUAUGGUAACAUACAAUCCUGUCGCAUACAUACACGUGCCAAUGCUAAAGUUCAGCAAGCUCGUAUUGUUUAUGAUGAUGCUUCUUCUAUCCAACAUUUCAUGGAUAAACAGUGGGCAAUCUAUUGUUAUUCCACUUGUUUACAUGUGCAUUUAGCACCCUUGGUACGAGCAAUUGGCGCUAUGGCCGUUAAUAUACCACUAUCUCUUAAUUCCUAUAAACCUAAAUGA